AUGUCAACUAUGUCAACGCCUGCCGCAGAACAACGCAAACUCGUCGAACAGCUGAUGGGCAGGGACUUCAGUUUCCGCCACAACAGGUAUUCGCAUCAAAAAAGAGACCUCGGACUACACGAUCCCAAGAUCUGCAAGUCAUACCUUGUUGGCGAGUGCCCCUACGACCUGUUUCAGGGCACCAAGCAGAGCCUGGGAAAAUGCCCGCAGAUGCAUCUUACCAAGCAUAAAAUUCAGUACGAGAGAGAGGUCAAGCAGGGCAAAACGUUUCCCGAAUUCGAAAGAGAAUAUCUGGCCAUUCUAUCUCGGUUUGUUAAUGAGUGUAAUGGCCAGAUAUCCGUAGCACUACAAAAUCUAAAACACACCGCUGAGGAACGAAUGAAGAUUCAGCAGGUUACCGAAGAACUAGAUGUCUUGGACGUGCGGAUAGGCCUAAUGGGACAAGAGAUUGAUUCUUUAAUUCGUGCAGAUGAAGUCAGUAUGGGUAUGCUACAGUCAGUCAAAUUACAAGAACUGAUUAGUAAAAGGAAAGAAGUUGCAAAACGUGUACGAAACAUUACAGAAAACGUGGGCCAGAGCGCCCAGCAAAAGUUACAGGUUUGCGAGGUGUGUGGGGCAUACCUAUCGCGUUUAGAUACAGACAGAAGGCUUGCUGACCACUUCUUGGGGAAGAUUCAUCUGGGAUAUGUCAAGAUGAGAGAGGAUUAUGAUCGGCUAAUGAAGAAUAACCGGACAACUAACGCCAGCAAGACAGCUACUACACUACCCGGAAGACGCUUUGUGUAG